AUAAAUACGACACACGGUGACUGAGUAGACGUGGUGCGAGUGAGAGGAUUAUACUGAUUGUUGCUAUUUCAUUUUUUUUACUUUUUACACUUUUUGAAAUUUUUUUUCGGGAAAAUUUGAAUUUUCCUCGUUUUUGAUACCAUUUAACGCGAAAAUAUCCAGGAGCUCGAAAAACCACACCCGGACGGAAAAAACCGCCGGAAAAUACGAGAAAAUUGCGAAAAACUACAAUGAAUGAGCGAGUUGCUUUUUGGGACACCCUGAUGUUUUUUGUUUGUCAAAAUUUUCUGGGGAAAAAAUUCUUUCUUUAUGAUUUUCCGGAUUUUCCUGGAUCUUCACGCAGUUUCUAGUGUUUUGGGGCAGUAGGGACGGUAGCCGGGAACAUGAUCAGUGAAACGGACACAUCUGUGACGUCGUCGGAGGAUCUGACGACUGAAGAAGCUGCCCUGGAAAUUCAGGAUUCCCAUCCUGCUCCCGAGGAAGUCAUCCUGAUCAACCAGUACGCCCAGAAAGUGAUUGAUUUCAGCUCUCAGUACGGAAGUGACACCAGCAUCUCCUACACAGCCUACAACAUCACGGGGCGCCCUUCAAAGUUCCCAGAUUAUGGGGAUUUUCCAGAAACUUUUGCAAUGAGAACCUAUGGACGAUGGUGGGAUAUAGCGCCAUCGGCUAUGGAAGAACUGCAGCCCACCAAUUUUCACGACAUUCCAAUUCAUGACUUUAUUGUGGUUGAAUUUGAGGAGUUUGUCAUCCCAGAGGCGAUUGCUGUGUACGAAACCUACAAUCCGGGGGCAAUUGUGAAGAUUUGGGCCUACUUCAGUACCAUCAGCACCUGGAAGUGCCUCUGGUAUUCCUUCCCGGAUCCCUAUGUGGAGAAAAGACCCAGAAUAUUCAGCCCACCGCUCAAGAAAGUCGCCCUACCGACAAAGAUUAUUCGUCUGGAGUUCAAUCACAUCUUCCUGGAUUACUUUACAGAGAUCGAUGGGAUGGUACUCACAGGGAGGAAAUGUGAUGUAGGUGAGAUUUGUGAUGCAGCAGCAAUGCGGAAGAGUAAAAAGGGUCCCAUUCUGCGGAAGUUGGAGAGUGUUCAGUUCAAAUUGCGCCAAAUUGAAAAUCACAAGGAUAUCCUCAAGGACUUCCUGGCCAAUGAUUUGGGGAAUUUCAUGAAGGAAGUCGGGUUGGUGCAUGAAGAUGAGAAAGAGGACAAUACUCCACCACAGAUUACCCUAAAAGACUUACCCUGUGAGAUUCUGUUUAAAAUCCUUUCGUACCUGGACUUGGUAUCAAUCUUCCGGACUGCUCAGGUGUGCAAGAAGCUGUAUGACGUUGCUACGGAUCCCUUUCUCUAUCAGGAGAUCAAUCUCAAGCCUUAUUGGCAUGCUGUGUGCGAUGAAAUGCUGACCACCCUUACAAAACGAGCCACAUUGCUGAAGAAGCUGGACAUCUCCUGGUGUGGGCUCUUCCACUCCAUCACACCGUCCGUUUUUAGGGAAUUUGUACGAUGUUGCUGCAAGAAUCUCACCCACCUCCGGAUGAAUUCGUGCAAAUUCAUCAAUGCCUUCUGUAUGGAAGUUGUGGGGAGUGUUUGUGUGAAUUUGCGCGAAUUAUGCCUCCGGAACUACUCAAAAUCCCCGAGUGUCCUCAACUUCCACUGCCUGAAGAACCUGCGUUUCCUCGAGCGUCUGGAUCUCUUUCGUACGCAAAUCGAUUCAGAUCUCCUCCUCAUGACACUUCGCUACAAUCCUGGGCUAAAGCACCUCAAUCUGGGCAUUUGCAACAGCACAGUUAGCAUGGAUGACGUUGCAGUUCACAUUGCACGAUACAAUCGCUCAAUUGUAUCCAUUGACAUGUGGAAAUCGCACUUCCUGUCCUCAGUGGGAUUACUGUCACUGUCGCAGUGCCAUGAGCUCGAGGAGGUGGACUUUGGGUGGUGCCUCCGGGAGGAAGCGUCCCCAGGAGACAGUCUCCGUAUCCUCCUCAAGGGUUGCCCCAAACUCAAAAAGGUCUUCCUGGCCGCCAUACGAGGCAUUAAUGAUCGCGAUCUCGAGAACAUCACGGAAUUCUGCCCAAAUCUCGAGCAAUUGGACUUGAUGGGUGUCCUCGGCAUCACCUAUGACAUGUGCUACAAAAUCCUCAGCAAUUGUCGCAAGCUUAAAAUGCUAGACCUCAGUUUUUGCGAUCAAAUUGAUGAGAUUCAGACUGCUCUGUGGAGGGAUGUCUUUCGUGUUAGUAUUAAAAGGAAUUUCGUGCCUCCCGAUCAUCCCUUUAUUACGUAAAAAGGGAGAGAGGCGAAUGGAGGGCAACACAGGUGUGAAAUGAAAAUAUUUUUGCUGAGAAUCAAAAGACAGAUAAAAUUGUAUUUUUUAUACCUAUUCUUGUUCACUUUUGAGUGCAUGUGUGCAACCGCUAAAAGGUUUUAAAGUCAAUUUAUAUGAAAAUAAAGAGCAUUAAUUUAAUUUUAA